CCUCCUCUCCGCCCCGACAUUAAAAAAGUCAGUGAGCAGCGCGCGCGUCUCAUUCUACCUGCUGAGCGCGCGCUGAGCAAAGCAUGGCCAAAUCUCAGUCGAGACGCUGCUGCUUCUGCAUACUCGCUUUAGUGUGCUCUGUUGUGAUUAUCUGCAUUUGCGUCAUUUUAGCCACCAAACAGAGAUGCGCGUUUACGCACGCCGCUGUUUCUGCGGACUCUUCCAGGUGCUCCGACAUCGGCAGGGACAUGCUGCUUGAGGGGGGCUCAGCGGUGGACGCAGCAAUCGCAGCUCUGCUCUGCACUAGUUUGGUCAACCCACAGAGCAUGGGUUUGGGUGGAGGGGCCAUCUUCACCAUUAUGGACAAAACAGGCAAAGUGAAAAUCAUCAGCUCAAGAGAAACAGUCCCAAAAGGGGUCCAAGCGGAUCUGCUGAAUAAGUGUCCAAAAGCCUUUCAAUUUGCUACAGGAAGUCACUGGAUAGGUGUACCAGGAGAACUCCGCGGCUAUGAAAAAGCUCAUCAGUUGUAUGGAAAGCUGCCCUGGGCCAAACUAUUCGAGCCGUCCAUCAAGCUGGCACGAGAGGGCUUCCCCAUGCCAGCCUACCUGGCUAAAUUCUUGGAUAAUAGUUUAAUUAAAACACUGAUUCUUGCCACUGAACUCCGUGAUCUGUUCUACAAGAACAACAUGGUUCUAAAGGACACCCUUAAGUUCCCUAAGCUGGCAGAAACCAUGGAAACUAUCUCCAAAGAAGGAGCCAAUGCCUUUUACACCGGAAAAAUCGCCAAGGACUUGAUACAGGAUGUAAAAGAGAGAAAUGGAGUGUUAUCAUUAGAAGAUCUGAGCACUUUUCAGGUCAGAGUCAGUGACGCGUGGUCAGUCCAACUAGGUGAUUACAGGAUGCACAUCCCUCCUCCACCGGCAGGGGGAGCGAUACUCGGCUUUAUCCUCAAACUGAUGCAUGGAUUCAGGCUUUCUCCGGCCUCUAACCAAGGGCACCAGAAAACCUUGAAUUUGCAUCGGUUCCUUGAGGCAGUGAAGUUUGCAAAUGGACAAAAGCACAACCUCAAAGACCCCAACUUCAACUCCAGACAAAAUAUGGAGUACAUCAAAGAUGAGAAGUUCAUUGAGCAAAUCAGGGCUUUGAUAACUGACGGCUCCACACACGACGCCUCUUACUACAACAUCACUCCGUCAGUCGACCGUGUUGGCACCACACAUGUUUCAGUGAUGGCAGCAGAUGGCAGUGCUGUGUCAGUCACCAGCACCAUCAACCACAUGUUUGGGUCAGCCGUUUUCUCUCCUAAAACGGGUAUCAUCCUCAACAACGAGCUAGCUGACUUCUGCGGCCGAGCAGAUUCUGUCACACCAGGCGAGCAGCCUCCCUCCUCCAUGGCUCCUACCAUCCUGCAGUCCCAGGAGAAGACUGUAGUGAUUGGUGGAUCAGGAGGAAGUUUUAUCACCACAGCUAUGGCCCUGUCCAUUAUGAACCACUUGUGGUUUGGGAUGAACCUUAACGAAUCUAUCGCUGCUAAAAUAGUAUUUGUGGAUGCCAAAAACAAUGUCCAGUUUGAGCAAGGAUACGACAAUUCUUCUAUCAAUGCAAUGAAAAGGAUGGGACACAUUGUGAACAACAGCAUAUUUUUCAAUGUGGUCAAUGGCAUCUCGAAAGAAGGACAGUGCAUCAGUGCCGUAUCUGACGCCAGGAAGCUAGGCAGGUCAGCGGGAUACUGACCCUGCCUCUGUUUGUGCCGUCAGAUGUUAGAGACUGGUGAUUCAUCAGGACUGGGAGGAAGUGAGGGUGGAACCAAAGGGUCAGCGCUCCCUUUCAGCGACGCCUGUAGACACCAUAAAUUCAAAUAUGGGGUGAUUGUGCACAGUGGUGUGCAUUUGUCCGACCAUGUCCACUUUUGUUGGACUCACAGUAACUUACAGGAACAUUUGAGUGCAUGUAAAUAUAUUUUGUCAGGUAGACAGGGGCUAGUUGUCACACAGAGGAAGGCUUGCAUCUCUAAAACCACACUGGCAUUCAUUUAGGAUAGAGUCAACUGUGUAAUGAAGGUAGAUUUUAUCUGAAACCAUAAAUCUCAGGUUGGGACAAGUUGUCGUACAAAGAGUGCUGCAGCAAUGAUGUAUUUUUGUAGGCCAACCCAAAAAGCCUCGACAGAAACCCAAUUUGAUUUUUCCUCUUGCUUUUGGAUAAUUGCAGAAAAUCAGUUCUGUGCCAAACAAAAGCUUAUGAUUCUUGCACAUUUUGUUCAUCUUCACAAAUAACCUUUUAUGCAUUUUGAAGCCUAUAUACAAUCGCCAGAAGUAUAAAGGUGCUUGCACAUUGUGUAGUUCUAGGAACUAUCCAAUAGGGUCGUUCCUAGAAAAACUAUUUCCCUCUCAAGCAUUUUUCCCAGUUGCUGGCAGCAGGAACUGUGACGCGGUCUUUUAAACGCCAUUUACAAACAUCAACAAUUAAUUCAUGUUUUGUUUCGAGAGAUGGAAUGUAAACGCACAAUUUACACGACUGAAAGAACAUGAAAAUCUAGGAAUAUUAAUCUGAAGUAGGAGCUUAAUUAAAUCCCACUAACGAAGAUACUGAAAUGGUUCCUAAUUCCAGCAGUACGAACAUGCCAAAAAGCAGAAACUUCCACCAAUAGUUCUAGGAAAAAAGCAAAAUGCAAUAGUACCUUAUACACCAUGUUCAAAUGACUUCAACGCCACUGACAUUAAGCUUCAGAGCAUGAUUAGAAACACACCAAGGCUGUAAAAGUGGACUGGCGAGUAGAUGAGAUUUCCUGUUCGGUGUGAUAACGUUUAAUGUCGCCAACAAUGUCUGUAGUCCAGUGUAGCCACUUGUUGUAUUAAUGCUGCCUUCAUGUGCUUUUGAAAAUUUCCCAUUUCCUUGUGAAGUCUAGUGCUUUUUUGUCUGAAAAAAUCUAAUUUAGCAACCCAUUGGUUGACAAUCAUAUAAACAUUCACUGCGCUACAUACUGUAUAUGCAGUUUGCUGACAAUUCUGGAAUUUGAGGUCAAAUACUUGUUUAUUUCACUGCUUAUAAAACAUACAAUAUGCUUCAAAAGAUCUUUUUUUUAUAGCCUAUAAAUACACUACUUUAGUGACAAGACAAAGGGAUGUAGAUUUUGUGAGAACAGCUUUGACAGAAGCAAUGGUUGUCCCCUCCACCAUGUUUUAAGAUUAUGACCCACUUAACUCGGAAACUCUGGUAUCAAAAUUAUGAGCGGCAUUGCCCUCUAAUUUCCAAUUAGGAAACUCGUAUUUACGAUAAUUCCGAUAGCACGCAUAGGCAACACAAGUGAUUUAUUUUAUGUCCAGAAUAAAACAUGAAAUUAUCUUGAGUUGUGUUCACCACAGAACUUAUUUCUGGCAUGUAACCAGAAACCCAUUAAAAAUAACAUUGACUUAAGGACAAUGAAAAUGCUAAAUUGUUUCCAGGUUCUGGUCUACAAAAAUACACCAUCCCAGCAUAGGUCAAGUUGUUGUUGUUUUUUAGAAGCUGUAUUAUUAUUAUUUUUCCUGGCCAGUAAUUAUAGAAAUGUCAAGAAAAAUUUUUUGUAACCAAAUCUUUUAGCUAUGUACAAAAACUGUCAUCAUAGCCAUUUUCAGAUUAUGUACAAAGAUUCACUUAACAUCAUCCAGCAAUAUAUAAUGAGAGCUAACAGCGAUUAUUUGAGGUCAGUGUUUUUAAAUGCAUCUUACUGAACAGAUUACAUUUUUAAAAGUGUUACUGUAAAUGUUGGGAAAAACUGUUUCAGAAAAUCGAAAUGUGAAUGUCAUCAAACUGAAUGAGAUACUGCAAUUACUUUUUUUAUUUGAGCAAUUAUUGUUUUUUUACUUGUGAAUAUUUUCUAGUUUUCAUAUGCAAUUU